GGGGCCGUGCCCGCGCAGGCUCCGCGGGGGCGCGCCGUGCCCGCGCUGCGCUCGCUGCCGGCCCGCGGCGCCGCCGCCUCCCUCGCUCCACCGCGGCUCCCGGCGGGCGCGGGGACAUGCGCAGUGCCCGUGCCCGCUCCGCGGCCGCGCUCCGGCCCCUCCGCCGCCUCCCCCGACCCUCCCGCCGGGCGGAGGAGGGGGAGGGAGAGAGGGGGAGGAGGAGGAGGAGGAGGCGGGUAGGGAGAGAAAAGGAGAGGAGAGAGACGAGAGACGCGCCGCAACUUGCUGCCUCUCCUGCCUGCUGUCCCUGGCCGCGCCGCUGCCCGGCCCCUGCGGGCUGCGCUCCGCGGGAGCGGCAUCCAGGGACGCUCCGCUCGGCGGGGCCGGCGCCUCCCGGAGGAAUCAUUUGUCAAUACUGUAUCUCACUUGAGCAUCAAGCCCUACAGAGACUACAAGGCGCCCGUCGUGCACUGGCGGUCCCACUCCUGGACACAGCGGAGCUUUGGCUAAUCUCAGACACAUAAGCAUUGCUCGCCCAUUCGCUCUCAUCCCCCUGUACUCCAAGAAGAAGAAGAAGAGGAAAAGAGCAGUCUGGGGCUGCGGAUGAGCGUGUCUUUGUGCCACUGCUCGUGGGGCGGCUGACAGAGGCGGCAUUGUUCGCAGGCUGUGCCCGCUUGGCAGCCGGAGAAGGUGGGAUCUGCGCCCUGCAUACGGAAUCGGUGAGCGGCCAGGGCCAGGCCUAGAAGCUUUUGCUUCCUCGCUGGGAGACCUGUAUGAAGACCUGUGUGGAUGAUGUUAUAAGGUGUCUGAAAGUUCACUGCUCUGCCAGAGAUGACGAAUGACCUUCACAGCUAACUUUGAAGGCACCCCUCUCUCCACAGGAAAAAAAACAGAAGGUGUGUGCAGCACAGAUGUCAGUCGUCUUCAAGGAGUAACUUCUUCAACCCCAAGUGAUCCCAGCUCCUGCUAGUACCAUGGGGCUAGAGGGUGUUUUUUUAGGCAGUGGACAGAUCCACGCAAUCCUGUGGGGAAGUUUGGCAGCCAUGACAACACUCUUGUUCCUCACCUUCCUCAUCUUCCUUUGCUCCAGCUGCAAUGGGGAAAAGAAGGCCAAAAAUCAGAAUGGAGAUCAUGAAAAUCUGAUGAACGUGCCUUCCGAGAAGGAGGUUUUCAGCCACUCCAUCACAAGUUCAGCCACGGAGCCUCCCCCAAACAGCGAACAGAACAGAGCACUCAGCAAUGGUGAGGUUCUUUCUGAGGACAGUACAGCUGCCUGUAUCCAGCCUUAUGAAGAAGUACAGACAUCUGAUCUACUAGAUCAACAGGAUAGUGUUGGAAAGUCUAUAAAAUGUCACCAGAGCCGGGAACUACCCAGUAUUCCCCCUAACAACCCCAUGGAAACUAUCAUCUCAUCUAGAAAUGCAGAAAACGAUCAAGGUCUUGGAAUGGAAGGGCCUUAUGAAGUCCUGAAAGACAGCUCCUCUCAGGAGAACAUAGUUGAAGACUGCUUGUAUGAAACUGUGAAGGAAAUUAAAGAUGUUGGAGCAGUAGUCAGCAUGGAAGAGAACUCUAACAGCAAAUCACUGACAGCUUCUGAAGGUCAGAAUCAGAUUCCUGAGUGCAGAAUUGAGUCAGCAGAAUAUGCAUCUGUUGACAGAAAUAAGAAGAGUCGCCAAAGUGCAAAUUCAGAAAGUCCUCUUGACAACACACCAGAUGUAGAGGAUGAGCUUCCCCCUCCAGUACCCAUGAAACUUCUUGAUGAAAAUGAGAAUGUGCAAGAAAAAGAAGUGGAAGGAGAAGUGACAGAAGGAGCGAGUAAACCAGAAAAGAGGCUUAGUUCAGUGUCUUACAAGUCUCGAGAGGAAGAUCCAUCUCUUACAGAAGAUGAGAUCUCAGCCAUGUACUCAUCGGUGAGUAAGCCAGGACAGGCCAUCAAGGCACUGGAUUCUCCCUACACCUGCAUUCAAGAAAUUGCAUCUCAGAGGUCUCCGUCCAUUUGCAGUGGCCUCUAUGCGAGCGUGAAGGACUUUGAAAACCCCCUGAAUUCCACCACUGUGCCUCAGCCAGCCGACAGAGCCAACGGGGAGCUGGAGCCGGACUAUGAAGCCAUCCAGGCCGUGAGCCAGGAGGAAGACAGGACCUUGUCCGUGCCUAACGUGAACCACACUGCUCUUCCAGCAGAGAGUGACUAUGAGAGCAUAGGGGACUUGCAGCACCACAGGGAAUUCACCAGGCUUUGACUACUCCAGCAGCACAUCUCCCCACUGUUAUUUUCUGAGGACAAGUGAAACAGGGAGAGGGAAGUGCUUUUCCUUUUGGGGAACAAAGCUAAGUGUGGAACACAGGUUGUGAAGAAGCAAUGUAUGUUUCAGCCAGGGUGUGAUGCCUGCUGGUUUUUCUGAGUGGUGGAUCAUGGCUCAUGGGAAAGGGUACGUCAGGUCAGAAAGAUGACCAGGACAAUGUAAAGGUUUCUUUAUUAUUAUUAGCUCCAAGGCAAACGUCAUUUGGGAAAGAGUGCCAUGCUUGUCAUCCUGACAGGAUUACGUACCAAAAAGACUGCCUUUACACAAAACUAGCUUCUCAUUUUAAGAGAUUGUUUUAUGUCAUUUUCUUCAAAGUGUUUUUCAAGCAUAGUUUUUCAUUCAAGUUUUGGCAUCUGCAAUGUUGAGCAAACCACGGAUAACUGUACCUCAACUCAGACUUACUUUGCAGGGCUGGGGAAGAUGCACUCACUUCUGUGUCCUGUGUCUUCACCUUUGUCCACAUUCACUGCAACUAAAGUGCAAACAACAGUAGUUCACAAGGAACCAACUCCAAACAUACUUGAAUUAAUUUUGCUGGCUUUUUUUCUUUUUUUUUUCCUUUUUUUUUUUUUUUUUUUUGUAAUGUCAAGGGCUGUAGAACGUGACUUUUGAAGUAUCCAAGGUGUGUACUGGUAUUUGUAGGGGUUUUGUUUGAUUAUUUGUGAAAUAUCCCUUUAAAAUGGCAACGGUCACCCUUAGCAUUCUUGCACUGUUUCCCUCAAAUGGACAUAAACACCUGCACAUACACACCCCAGACCAUUGUCACGUUGCAAAAAGUUGUGCAAAUGAAUGCACUGGCAUAAGGGGUAGUCUAACCUUAGUAGUGUUGGGUAAUUUUUUUGCAGAAUUUUGCCCUUUUUAAAGACUUAAAUAUUUUAAUAUGUUUGUCUAGUUUCUUAUAUAGGAAAAAUUAUGUACUGUGUUGAGUGGAUAAUACUUUUAUUUUUUACAACACAUUUUUCAUCUUCAAAAUUUUUGUAAAUUAACUUACUGGGGUUUGUAACAGGAGGAAUCCCAUUCUUUAUUUGGGCUUUAUUUGGUUUUGGUUUUUUAAUUAUUUUUCCUAUUUCAAAAGCAGAUAAAUGAAAAUUGCUUUGGGGUUGUUUUGUUGGUUUUUUCUGUCUCCUUGAGCAGGGCUAUGGAACAUGCCUUGCUGUUUUUAAGCUAAAAUCAUGGAGUCUAUGUAGAAGAAUGCUGCCAAAGGGCAAAAAAAGAGGUAAAAGAGACAGUGGGAUUUAGUCAGGUAUAGCCACUGAUCCUCCUUGUUCUUCUAGUAAAAGGAGCAGGAGGGCAACCAAGACCUUCUUGGGCCUCUGACAAGCAGUUUGAAAGCCACUGGCUGUUCAAAAAUGCUGAGUUACUCUGUUACUGUGAAAAACAAAGUACAGUGCUUUUAUGAAAUAAGCAGGUACUGGAUUGGUACUUUUUUCUUCAAGAAUAAUCCAAUAAAUAGUACAAUGGUACAAGAACAGUCCAACAGUAAAGAACUAGCAUUGUGUGACAUGCAUGUGCACAUACCCCCAUGUAUAUAAGCAUACACUUGUAAUUUGGACACAAGUAUAAGUUAUAGUCCAAGCUUGGCAACAUUCACAUACAUAAUAUCUGGCAUGUGCUUGAAGAGCAGUUUAUUUUUAAUUCAAAAUAAACAGUACAUAAACUGAGGUUGGCUUAUUCUGUAGUAAGCAAAACAGUUUUACUUGCAGCUCAAGUGGUACUGGGUUUUGAAGGUUGAGCCCUUCUCAGAUCCUUGGUCAGCCCUCAACAUGUCUUGGUACUGUAAAGAGCAAACACAGAUCUGGUUACACACAUUUAUUAGAAACAGCUUCAUGACUGAAAGAAGUGUGCUGAUUUAGAGGCUUUGCCUGUAAGUAGUACAGCGCUGAGGAGCAGUGCAGUUGUGCAGUCAGCCUCUGCCCACGGGGUGGUUCAGACUUCGUGGAUCCUGGCCUUGUGCGACAGUGCAGCUCCAUCUACAGCUCUUUCCUUGGAGGAGAAGCAGUUCAGACCACUCCAUGUCCAUCCUGGUCUUGACCAUGCUGCCAUGUGUUUCUGCAGCAAACCCUUUGCUUCCACUUCAGUGCUUUUAAAGGAUGACUGUGGUUUUGCUUAGUGGAGUUUUUCCCUUUAUAAAAGUUUUUGUUUCUGUUUCCUUGAAUGUGAAUUCAUGAAAUUCACCUUUGAAUAUUGUCUCCUUCUGCUUCACACUGUUUAAGGCCAAAGAUAAGAUGCACCAUAUUUCAGAAGAUUUGUUGUGCUAAGUCUAGAGAAUUUCUUUAGUUUUUAACUAUGUGUUUGCUGUCUGUUCUUUGCUCAGGGGUACCAGUUUAUAUAUGUAGUCCUCAGUCUGACUCCUGAAGCUUAGUGGCAGGCAUACCUCAACUCCUGAAAUUCCCAAAUACAUCUCAAGAUGUAGUUAUCCCUUUACAUGGAUGACUGCUUUUGGAGAAACAGUAGGAACAUGAGGUUUGCCAGGUUCACUAGGAUCAAUUUAAAGACCAGUUCAAAGAUAACUUGAGAUAAUGUCAGCUGAUAGCAAAGAAUUGCACUGAAUUCUUGAUUGUAAAAUUUUAAGGUGCAAAAGAAGAAAAGCAAACAUCACUCUAGAAAUACUCCCAGUGAGACCAGAGGUCAAAGGGUGUUGGAGGACUGUCCAGUCUUUCUGUUGUUUUUCAUAGCUAGAUCAGAAAUGUUGCUUUGUAGGAAGAGACACAAGUCCUUCCAUCCUUCCUUUCCUCUGUUCUGACAACUGCUUGUGAGACCCCUCCCUAGACUUCCCUUUUUCACAGUGAAAGAAAAAUUUUCCUCCCCCUUUCUUUGGUUUCUGUUUUUAACUUGUCUCAUACAGCCUUGCAUUGGAGCUGGUAUCAUGUCUCCAGCCCUGUGACAGUGGCACAUUUCUUUCUGUUAAAUUCACUUUCAGGCUGGUCACAACCUUUUAAUGGUCCAUCAAACCUCAGUCUCAUGGAGAAGCAGUUCAUGUUUUGGAUUGCUGCUUUUGGGAUGUGUACCUGCCCUCAGCCUUGGACUUAGGACACUGGACUUAAGAGGUGCAAAAAAGAAUUACCCUCCUGAACAAGGAUGUACAGAGGAGUCCAUACCUCCCCUGCAAUCUCCAUUAUGUAGUUUAACGCUAAAGGAAAGUGUUCUAGAAUUCAGUCUGAGGUUGGUAAGUGAGUAUUUAUAUUUCUUGACAAAGAAUCAAGGUUUUGGUUUAGUUCCCUCUUCCCAGAAGUAAUACCUCUUCCUUUAUGGCUGUUUUCAAUGCUUCCUUUUCAUUAAUAUAUUUGAUAAAAAGAUUUUUCCAGCAGUAAUCCCCAAAGAGAUCAAUCUGACUGUAAAGAAAAGGGAGUCUUCUACUUGUCUCUUUACUGUUCUUUUUAACUCUUUCACCAUAUCCCUAAAUAAAUGUCAACAUCCAAAAUGAAGUAUUUGUUACCUGGUGAUGUUUUCUGGGGAAGCUUCACAGUCUGUUUCUUUGCCUCCUUUUUUUGGCACAACUGUUCAAUAAGAUCUCUCAUCAAAUUGCCACAGUAAGGCCAAGAGAAGCUGUAAUGUGUAUAUAUCUGCACUAGUGAAGAGGUCUUUUAGAUUUCCCUCUGGGAACUGGUGGAAAUGGCUGUUCACACAUCCCUUCCAUGAAUCUGUGUCUCCCACGAGAGUCGUUCUUACCACAUACCUAAACCAGUGCUAAUCCAAUAUGUAAACCAGUCAUCCUUUUCUACUAUGAGAAUAGAAUAGCUUUCUCAGUCACAGAGAGAAGUAAAUUCUUUGCAGAGACCUGUAGCACAGGCAUGUACCUAAUUACCACAGUUAGAUCAGUUAUAGUGCCUUUUCUACAAAGUAGCUAGUACUUCCAUACUCUUUUCCAUACUGUAUGUGUUUAACUCAAAAGUACAAAGGGACAACCCCAAUGUUUACUUGUCCCAAGUUGGAAACAUCUUUAUAGAGACACAUUUAAUGUACUGGACCUCAGUUAGCCCUACAAUAGCAAUAGUCAGUCACAAACAUCCACUAAAAAGCCCAGUAAUGUAGCUAUGAUGACUAAGCUUUGCAAUAAGAAUUAGCAGUCUUCUUUUGAAGAAUCUAGGUUUUACAAUAGUGAGCAUUCAGGGAGGUGGUGUUCAUGUCAACUGUGAGCAAUUCAUUGCUUCAGUCUUUCUAUUAAUAUAAAUUGCAGGCUUGCUUAUAUGUAGCAGGAUCCAUGGAGUGAGGGAUGAGUAGGUGUGGGGAUUCAUGAGUAACCCAGAGUUGGGUCAUCCCCAUAGUUUCAACUGGCUGAUGACCAGCUGCCUUGUUCUCCAAGCCCUCAUCUAUCGUGCCUUCAAGGAAUCCAUCCUGCAGGGAUGCUUCUGGGCUGCAUGCUUCUCCAUGGCUCCCUGAGCAGCUCCUCUCUGCUGUUUUGGACACAACCUCGUAUACGUGGUGCUCUCUGUUCAACCUUUCAAUGGUGCUUUUAUACGAUGCUGGAUAAAUGGUUUGCAUGUGCUUCCUGCAAGCUGACGUGUAAAGCUGUGACACAGAGUGCUCUCUCUGGUAUUGUCUGCUUCCCAGAACUCAGUGUUAACUGUGCUGCUCUCGACUCCACAAGCUGACAGUGCUGCCCUGGCUCUUGCUCAUCUCACUCAGCAGAGCGGAGUCACCACGUGUGACAGCCCUGCCGGGGUGUUCAGGAGCUGCCAUCCAGGUGACUUGGCUUGGAAACAGCUGGAGACACGACUCUCAUCAGUGCCCUGUGGGACUGGAAACCUCACAGCACAGCUCAAGGACUUUUUAUUCUGUCUCUUAUUGUGCAUAGACAUUUGGUUGCCAUGUGACUGUAAGAAAUCUGUUUCUGCAACAAACAUUUUAAUUUGGACCACACUCCAAUGAGGGACUUUAGCUCUUAGGCAAAUAACCAUUUAUUUCAGAUGACUUUUAUUUUUUGAGGUUGGAGUGUGCCUGAAUAAGGCUUUUAUGUACCUCACAAGUAAUUUAGUGUGGUAGUCCGCUGCAAAACAGACGAAUGCAGAAAGGUGCUUAGCCUGACAAAUGCUUUUGGACUUUCAAAGGCAGGUCUCUUCCUGGGAGCAGGGAACAUAAUUACUGUUAAUAUGAUUUCAUACCCUGGUGCUGAAGUUGGUUUGUAGCAUCUCUUCUGGGAUGGUGGUGGCUGAAGUCAUUGCCAGAGCAGAUUUCAGCCUCAGAAAAGAAAAAAUAUAAUAUAUAUCCCUUGCUAGCAAGCAACAUGUGUUCAGGACUGUGUUAAAGAUAAAUGCUGCUAAUGGAACAUCACAGAGCUAAAAAUACAGGGUUCUCUUUCUUCAAGGAGAGAGAGAACCUCCUUGUUUGGUCAGCACAGAAUAUCCCAGGCCUAUAAAAUGUAUGAAACAAAUUAAUUGCCUAUGUGGUGAUUUUCCAGGAGUGCAUUAGGAUAUCACAUAUGGUAGGUACUGUUCUCCUGAACAGCAGAAAGAUGACAACUUGUUUGUAAUACAAGGUUCCCAUUGAUUAAUUGAUUAAGCUUAAUUUACAUAUAAUCCAAAGGUCAGCGUUCUUGCUGACCUUUGGAUUAUAUGUAAAUUAAUAAUAUAAUGUAGAUAUAACACAGUGUAGAUAUAUUUUAGCUAAAUUGGCACCCCAAUUUCCAUAGAAAUGCACAGAUUAUCUUUGCAUUACAUACCCUUUGGUCUGUGCCCAGUCUAUGGAUAAUAUAAAUAUUACAAUUCUGUUAUCACAAGGUGUGAGGUUUUGUUUCUAGAGGCCUUCAGUUUUGAACUGGCCAGAAGGACAAGUCUCUACAAGUAUGAUAGCAAAGUGCCUAAAAAUAUGGAUGUUUCUAUAAAGGUAAAGAUGCUCACUGUUAUUGCACAGCCACUUGACUACUGUAUGUGAUGCUCUCUUGCCAUACACUUUCCUAAGUAUUGGCUUUCUUUUGUGGUGUUCAUUUAUUGUUAUAAUAGCACAGUCUGACAGGGGUUUUGUCUCUGCAAAUUCAUUGGCUAGUUUUAACUAGCAUGUGUUUGUACAGAAAAUACAAAAUUAAUUUUCUUCAUUCAGAAAGCAACUAUGUUAUUUCUUAUAGUUUAUGAUAAUGGAACAAUCAUCUUAGAUUAUUUAUAAGGUAUGUAAGUAUCACUUGACUUCAAAAUGCUUCAUUUGAGAUUUCAGAAUGCCUGCUGUUCACUACAGGACAAUAUAACCAACUCUUGUCCUUUUAAUCUUAUUGUUUUGGGGAGGAGGGCUUAAACAUUACAAAUCUUAUUACUAAAAAAAAAAAAAAAAAAAGAAAAAAAAAAAAGAGGCAGUGCUGGCGUUUUCAAU